AUGCCAUCUGAUGCUGAGCAGGUAGCCUUCCUCCUUGAAAAUCCGACUUAUACUGCAUGGGUAGAAGGAUCGGGCGCUAGAAUCUUAUAUCUUCAUGGCACAGCGCAUAGUGUCGUCGAUACCCUCGCUGAUCAACUUCUGUGGAAUUGGCGCAUCUACAGGAAUUUUGACUCGGAGAACGAUAACCGGAUUAUAUCUUUUACUUUUGAUCAUACGGACCCCCUGCGUGAUUCAAUGGCGGAUUUUACGGCGUUUGCAAUCAGCCAGCUGAGGUUAGGUCACAAUACCAGCUGUCAGGGAGCCGCGGAUAAGUCCUCGUAUCAGCGCUUGCAGAGUCAGAUUGCAUUUCAAGGUGGAUGGACGGAAAAGGCAGUAUUAUCGAACUUCGAAUUUCUCGUGCAGCCUCAUGAUCUGACCGUUUUUCUAUUGAAAAACUUCGAUGAAUGUGAUGAAUCGAGCCGAGCUUUGUUUCACCGGUAUCUACAGACCAUGGCAGAAGGCACCGAGGAGCACGUCCGUAUCAUAGUGACCACCAAACAACCGCACGCGUUGUUGACGGAGCUUUCGCGCUGGCCAGAAAUUAACACAGAUGAAUUCACCCCUGGCACGAGGAUCCAAGCUGCUGAUCUCGACAGAAAUCCCAUCCGCAGCCCAGCUGAAGUCAGCUUCGGUCAGGGAAUCGGGGGAAUAUUUCAAACUCAGAUCAAUGCCAUCAUAGAACAGAUAAACAAGACGAAUGGGGCACAGCUAGACCCUUUGCUUCGCCUGGUUCAAGACCAUACGGGUUGGCCUGACCCGCAUUCAGGUUGGUCAUUUGGAGAUGUUUUUGCGAUUGUGAACAGCAUUUGCCCAGGUGAUGGGAUUGAGCAAAUGAUGGACAGAAUAUUGCGUCGGUACAGCACUCACGAUGGAUUUAACUGGAUUUUGUCGUGGUUAAUCGUGACGGCACGGCCAUUUACUCUAGGGGAAUUGGCUGGUCUACUAUGCUUGUACUAUGCCCAAGGCAUCGAACUGCAAGGUACAACGGAAUUUGAUGAUGUGUCCCUGGAGACUGCUCAAUGGCAGCUGGAAACUUGGCUGCGUGGUUUCAUUGAUAUAGAGCAGGAGCAAGUCACAUUCCGCAGCGAGAUUCGCGAUAUUAUCUUGGGCAGCACUUCCAGUCAAGAGCAGUUCUUGUGGCACCAGUUGCGAGGUUUGGCCCAUCAAAGCAUCGCCGACUUUUGCAUUCGCCACUUUCAAUCUCCCGCUAUAAUCGGCAGGCUGCACAAACUUGAUGAGGAAUACCGCAAUGUUCCUGAAUCUGAGAGCCAGGAGAGGCAUAUUAUCGCCCCACUGACCCCAGACGGAGUAGACAUUCUUUUCUACUUCGUCCAGUUUCUACCCUUCCAUUUGGCUCAGUGUCCACCAGCAUAUUCCAUUGCGACAAUUGAAACCUUUCUCGAUAAUCCUACUUCUGGAUCCGAGCCCUCCAGGAUCUGGGCGAGGCUUUAUUGGGCUAUGACCAACCCGUUCUUGCGACCACCCGGUAUCUUGGAGGCCAAUUCAGCAUUCCCCACGUUCUUUGGACUUGAACUGCUCCCCCUCUCAAAUCCUCCAGACAGUGAUAUGAGCGCUCUCUCACUGUUAGUCGCAGCCUUUAGGAAUCACGGUACACGAGUAUUGGAGCUUUUACAGUCUCAAUCUUUCUCGCAUGGUACACUUAAAGAUGCUCUUGUGGGCUCUGUUAGUGCAGGGGACGAAACAAGUGCCAUCAGGUUGGCUGAGUGCAUUCUAACGUCCACAGAGGGCUCUGAAAUUGCCUCUGUCUUUCCGUCAUCGCUAUUAUGGGCCACAGCCUGGCUGGACCUAGCCUCAGUUGCGACAAUAUUGUUGCAAAAUGGCAGCUCCCCAGACCCGGUCUGGGAACUAUCGGAUGGCUUUCAGAAUAUCACGCCGUCGCCACUAUAUUUGGCCGCCUAUCAGAGGUAUUCAUCCACGGUCAAGGUGUUGCUUGAUCACGGUGCGAGGAUUGACGUAGUAAGGCAUGAGACACCGCUCACCCCAGUCAAUUUUCUCGUCCUUCAUCAGAACCUUUGGACCGAGUUUUGCGAGCAUGAUAGCUCUUGCCUACGCCAGGAAAUGCAACUGGGUCCAUUUCAUGGAGCGGCCAGUUGGGGGAGUUGGUGGUCCAUCCCCAGAUUGCUGGAGCAAGAGAAUAAUAUCGAUCUCAACGCAUUCCUAACACAUUCUGACUACAAAUCCCUCAGGAACCCGCUGGUAAACGCUUGCUCGUCGUCCUAUCACCGGACUGCGGAAGCACUGUUGCAGGCCGGAGCAGAUCCCAAUGCACGUGCUCCCUGGAGCCCUCUGUGGCUGAACACUAUCUCGUGCCCCAAUGUAAAGUUGCUCAAGUGUCUCCUGCGUCAUAACGCGGAUCCCAACCAUGAACAGUUAGAGAGUUCACUUCUCUACGACCUUGUAGUUUCGCACCAGAAGGAUCAUGAAAUUGUGAGGAUGGGAAACAUACUCCUCGACAAUGAUCCGCCCGUCGAUAUCGAUGCGAAAACAUCCUGGGGUGGUCAGACGGCGCUAAUGGGAGCCUGUGACCUUGGUCGUCUCUCCUUGGUGACGUGGCUCUUGGGUCGGAAUGCCAAUCCCAGCAUUUUGGACAACGAUGAGCAGAACCCUCUACAUUAUGCUGUUCGUGGCGGACAUCUUGGCGUGGCCCAGGAGCUAAUCGCCAGGCAUGCAGACCUAGUCACUGGCGAGCAAGCGGCGCAGCCCCUGUUGAUCCUGGCUCGCGAGUCGCCCGAGAUAGUGCGCCUUCUCCUCAACUCCAAGGCCAAUCCCGAAAGAAGUAACUCUAAGGAGCAGACGCUAAUCAACGCUGCAACAGUGGAUGGCCUUCACGAGGUCAUGGAGAUUCUUAUGGAGAAGAAAGUUGAUUUACACCAUCGCGACAAGUGGGGAGCGACCCCGAUAUGCGAUGCUAUCGAGUACAGCAAGAAUGCACGCAUUCUACGCCUGUUGAUCGAGAACGGUGCUAAUCUCCAAGACACAGAGGAGGAGAACGGCAGUAGCCUCGUGCAUCUUGGCGUCAAUUCAAGUCCAGAGAUCCUGCGAAUCUUGCUAGAAUACACUAAAGAUCUGGACCUGAACCGGAAGAACAAUCUCGGGCGGAGCCCCCUCCUAGCAGCCGGCUCAAAGACCAACAUCGAGUGUCUGAAAUUGUUGGUCAACGCAGGAGCAGACAUCAAUCAGGUUGACGAAAGAGGGGAGACCGCUCUGCACAACUCCAUUCAUUGGGACCUGCCCGACUUCCGUGAUCUGCUACUAGCACAGCGAGAUGUCGAGGUCAAUAUCUCUUCUCCGUACACUGGAUCUCCCCUUCAUCUAGCCUGUAGAAAAGGGCAACUUGAAAGUGUCACAGCGUUGCUCAAUCUUGGGGCGGAUAUAUAUCAGAUGAAUUCUACGACGAUGUACUGCUGUCCAUUAGUGGCGACACUGCUCCAAGACAAAUCCGAUAACGAAGAUGACGACGAUACAUCCUCGCAGCUGCAGAUAGUUCGCCUACUCAUCAACCACGGGGCUGAUAUGCACCAGAUUGUGCGGGGGGCGAUUUACAGUCCGCUGGCGGCCGCCUGCUUCGGCGCCACGUCCAACUCCAUAGACCUCCUUCUUGACGAAGGUGCAUCGCCCGAUAAUCCCGACCCAAUAUCUGGCCGUCUACCGCUUCACUUUGCCGCCGGGAGUGGUAUCGACAAUUUCCAGGUUAUAUUACAUGCCACACACAGUGACGUGACUGUCGCUGAUAGAUUCGGCAAGAGCGCCCUACAUUGGGCAGCGCAGUAUGGUCACGUCCGCACCGUGGAUCAUAUUCUCAGCCUGCUAAGCACUCCCUUGCAACGUACCCAGGCUCUGGCGCAGGCGGAUUGCGACGGCUGGACCCCCUUGUGCUGGGCUGCCCGCCCUAUCAAAACCGGCGUCUGCGGCCUGGCUCAAUGUGAGCCACGAAACUACCCGGAUACUAUCCGUUUGCUACUGGAACACGGGGCGGAUCGCAGUGUCCACGCUCGCUGGGGCGAGAUGACGCUUACUCCAUUGGAGAUGGCUCGGCGCUGUGGUGCUGAUAUGGCAGUCAUUAAACUUCUACAGCCAGACUUGGAAGACGAACAACUCCCACACGAAGCGAGCCAAAGCCCUUUGCAAAAGUUUAAGUUUAGAUCUGGUACCGAGAUCUGCGAUAUCUGCCUGGGACCCACGUUUGGCCACAGAUACCGGUGUAGCUCAUGUCCAGAAUACCAUGUCUGCACCAAAUGUUAUCCGAUCUCCAGUGACUUCCAUCCGCGCGAGUUCACCACAGACACACGAGAGCACCAUGUUUCUCUCGAUCCGGAGAGUAAAGAGUUUGAAGACCCAGAAGAGCAAGCGCCCGAUCUGCCGGAUGUCGAUCUUACCGCGAGUGUGGACGCCGUGGUAGCUCAGGCCACCGUCAACGAGGGUACCGUGGAUAUUGUUGGGGAUGGAGACGAAGACUUACAGGAGAUGGCAUUGGGCAGUGACGGCUCGUUCUAA